AUGGUCCAGCAGACUCAGCCGGACCAGCUCUCUGUCCCGACGGCCAGGAGAGCCUUGGGCGACUGCACUCCGAGCGGAGCAUCGCCAGCAAAUCCUUUAUUUCAGGAUCCGCGAAGUGAGCGUGAGGAGAUUGCGGCUUUGGAUCUUUGGCGCGUGCACUUGGAGCAGUGUCCGGAUUGUGGCCAUGUUCAUGGCAGCCAAGGGGCCAGCAAGUUUGCAACCUUGACUAGGCCUGAGAGGCACAUCUACGAGUACACGCAGGCUGUCCCGGAUGAUCUGAAUUGCACGCUCUGUGGUGAUGUCUUUCAGAAUCCUUCCCAGAUUCCGUGCGGGCACCACUUCUGCAGCAGCUGCAUCCGUGCUCUUCUUGCUCGAGGGACAGGCCGUGCGAAUUGCCCCUUGGAUGGCCAGAUCGUGACUCGAUUCGCGGCACUGCCUUCUGAUGAGCAGCUGCUGCGGCGGUUGGGCCAGCUGCGCGUCCGCUGUCCCGUCUGCAGAGAGGAGAUCUGCGUGGAGGAUCUGCAACUGCACCUUCAAGAUCCCGUCUCCAUGGUCGAGUCGGCAGAGGCCUACCAGUCGAUCCUGCAGCCUUUCUACAUGAGCUGCCCGCUGUCGAAUUUUACCGUCGGCGAGUUCAAUGGCACCUCUGCGCUGAUUCGGCUUUACCGGAAAUUGGGACCCGACCUCCUCAAGCGUUUCGUGCUCGCCACCGAGAGCUUCAUCGUGCUGCCCGAUCCAAAGAUGGGCUUUCAGCCCCAGUCGGAGGAAGAUGCCAAUCUCCUUCGACGGGAAGGUGGCUACUUCAAUGCUUGGUGGGUUCACCCAGCCUUCCGACGCGAGGUUUGGUGGCAUGCGGAUGAGGCGGAGGUAGACGUCUCGCAGGCCCAACGCUCCCCAGUCGAUUCGGCCUCACUGGCUUUCCGUGAAGCAGUCCGCAGGCGCGAUGCUGGAAGGUCUCUGCUUGGAUCCAGCGAUUGCUCCAGUGAGCCCUGGCAUCAGUCCUCCUUCGUGCACACCUGGUCGAAAGUUCGAAAACCUACUCAACCGCGCUACCUCUGCUGCGCGCGAGACCUUCGUGGUGAGGAUUUGCCCAUGCUGGAGCAGUUUUACAAGGAUGUCCUCAACUUCCUCCAGGUCCAGUACUCCGUGCCUGAGACGCGAGUCUGGAUCUUUGCCCACUACCCUGCCAGCGCCCGGUACUCGACCUUGCACUUCCACAUCAUCUUCGAUGGUUCAGAGGCUGGCAGAUUCUCGAAAUACGCGAAGAAGCUCGAACGCCCACAUCAGCUCAGCCGGCAGUUCUCCCUGAAAAAGCUAGUUGACUUGAUUCGCGCAGACCCGGAUCAUUUCAAGUCCAGCACACUGAACUACUACCUCGGGGACAAGGCUGACUUGAUGGAUCCUGUGUGUGCCUUUUAUGGCUGCUCCCCGCACCGCUACAUCAAAGACUUCACUUUUCACUGGGCGACCUGCAUGCACUGCAAGCAGCUGGUGUCGGCUUCUUUGGUUCGUCAAUGUGUUCGUAUCUACAAGUAUCGUUGUUUCUGUUAUUCGGUGCUAACCGAUAACCGAAGUUUACAAGUUUCAUUUAAUCAUCUGGCCAAAUCUAGUCAAAUCUAA